GUUCGGUCUGUGAGGUAACUAAUUUUGUUGAUUUUGUUCAGUUACAAUCGGACGUUGCUUUCCAGAGCUCCAUAGUGUUGGCCUGGGCUGUCCGAUGAGCUUUUGGCCACGUCAUUGAGACUGAAGCAGUGAAAUAGGACUAUGGAAGAUGUUCCAGAGAAGAGUUAUGAUCCCAGCGACAGCACUUUGAAAUUUGUGAAGAGAAAGGACGAGAUCACUGGAGAUGACACCCCAGAUGUUCUGAGAGUAGAAAUGUCGUGUGGACAUGCUGUGGACCCUAAUUCACUUACUGCAUGGUGUCGGAGCCUGAUGGAUCAGGGUCAUUUCAUAUUUCACUGUCCUGCUGAGAUGGAAGGCACUGAAGAGAAAUGCAACAAGCAAUGGUCUUAUGUGGAGGUUCGCAGACAUGCACUUCUGACUGAUGAAGAACAGCAAUAUUUUGAAAAGAAAAUUGCCAUACUUGCUGCCCAACAGUAUUGUGAAUGCAAAUGGUGCCCUGGAUGUGGAACUUGCGUUGAAAGAAACAAUCUAACAAACCUGUGUGUUUUAUGUACCAUCUGUUUGAGAGAGAAAGGAAAAUGUUAUCAAUUCUGCUGGCAAUGUAUGAAGGAAUGGAAGGGACUUGCACCACGCUCUGAUCGAUGUGACAAUGUAGGUUGCACCAACAUCCAGCUGGAAACCCUGCAAAACUGUGACACCAAGACUUUACCCUUCAGCAAUAUUCCAAAUUGUCCCAAAAUUCGUGCCUGUCCUACAUGUGGGGUUCUCAUAGAGCAUAAAGAAAUGUGCAAAUAUGUCAUCUGUACCAGAUGUCAUAUAGAAUUUUGUUUUGCUUGCCUGCAGGCUAAAAGAAUUUGCAGCAUAACAUCCGGAUAUUCUCGGGCUUGUACUGUAGCUCCAAGACAAACAAGAAUUCCUGUGUGGAGUCGUAGUUCAGAUUCAAAAUGAUCAGACUCAUCAAAUUCUUCAAGUACUGAUUCUUCUUCCGAGUGCAUAAUCAUUUAAAUAAAUAAUCAGAGUCUAAGAUUGCGUGAAAUAUGAAAAUAAUAGUAAGUAAGUCAGUCACAGUGCCUGCCAUUUACUUCUGCUGAUCAACAUAAUUAUAUUCUACAAAUUAUCAUGGUCAGGGUUAGGAUUAGGAUGUCUAAGUGUGUGACAGAACCCCCAGGCUUCUUGUGCUAUUCUUCAUUGAUAAAUAUAAAUAGAUGCGGUUAUAGCUUUAUAGUUGUUUGACACCAUUACAUAUGCAAUUGAGGUAUGUUUUUCAAUUAUGGCCUAGUUCUUACAUGAAAACUUAAUGUGUUUUUGUCACAUCACUGUAAGUGAUUCUUAAUGUUUACUUAAAAUAAAUAAUUCAUUUCACAAGCAAUAAGAUGUACAUUAAACAACUGAAGACCAGUUACUGUACAGCAAUGUCUGAAUAGUUUGUUGGUGUGCUUAUUUAUAAAAGGGAUCACAAUAUAUAGCAGUGGCUAUCAAUGUAUUUGAAGACCAAAAAAAAUCACAUUGUUUUAGUAUUCAUGUAAUAUCUAAGCUGCUAAACAUUUAUCAUUAUAUCGU